AUGGCUUCUGAGGAGGGUUAUGAGGAGAGACUCAUUAAUGAGGAGUAUAAGAUAUGGAAGAAAAACACACCGUUCCUUUACGAUAUGGUGAUGACCCAUGCGUUGGAAUGGCCAAGUUUGACUGUACAGUGGCUUCCGGAUGUCCAAAGAGUGGAGGGAAGCGAUUAUACAACGCAUCGGUUGAUAUUGGGUACUCACACUUCAGAUGAACAGAAUCAUUUGGUGAUUGCGAAACUUUUAUUACCAACUGACGAUGCGCAGUUCGAUGCCUCUAAAUAUGAUACUGAAAAAGGAGAAUUCGGUGGUUUCGGCUCGAUAACUGGCAAAAUUGAUGUGGAAAUUAAAAUGAAUCACGAGGGCGAAGUGAAUCGAGCACGUUAUAUGCCUCAGAAUCCAGUCUUAUUAGCCACAAAGUCACCGAGCAGUGAGGUGUUCAUAUUCGACUACACCAAACAUCCGUCAGUGCCAAGUGCAGAUAAUUUGUGUAAGCCGCAACUGAGGCUCAGAGGACAUACCAAAGAGGGUUACGGUUUGUCGUGGAACUCGAACUUGGCUGGGCAUUUGUUGUCAGCAUCAGACGAUAUGACCGUUUGCUUGUGGGAUGUUCAGACCGCAACGGCGCAGUCAAAUUAUAUCGAUGCAAAAACGAUCUUCAAAGGGCAUAAUGCAGUGGUAGAGGAUGUGGCAUGGCACGUUUUACACGAUGCGGUGUUUGGGUCGGUUGGAGAUGAUCAUAAACUUAUGAUUUGGGAUACGCGUAACAACAGUGAUACGAAACCAGCACAUACAGUUGAGGCACAUUCGGCUGAAGUGAACUGCUUGUCAUUCAACCCCUACUCUGAAUUCAUUCUGGCCACUGGAUCGGCUGAUAAGACAGUCGCCUUAUGGGAUCUAAGGAAUUUGAAGUUGAAAUUGCAUUCGUUUGAGUCGCACAAAGAUGAAAUCUUCCAAGUUCAAUGGUCACCACAUAACGAGACCAUUCUCGCCUCAUCGGGUACGGAUCGCAGAUUGCACGUCUGGGAUUUAAGUAAGAUUGGAGAGGAACAAACGCCUGAGGAUGCUGAGGAUGGACCUCCCGAACUGUUGUUCAUUCAUGGGGGUCAUACUGCCAAGAUAUCCGACUUUUCGUGGAAUCCGAAUGAGCCGUGGGUGGUGUGCUCAGUAUCUGAAGAUAAUAUAAUGCAGAUUUGGCAGAUGGCAGAUAAUAUCUACAAUGAGGAGGAGAACGAUACACCGGCUGAUCAAUUGGAACGUUAA